AUGGCAGUGACAGAUCUACUGGUCAUGAUCACUGUUGUAAUUUUAAACCGGAUCGCUGGGACUUACUUCCCAUCCAGUUUCCUUUCUAUCACACCAGUGUGCAGUUUUCGUUCUUCAUUAAAUUUUGCAGUCAUUGACGUAUCUGCGUGGAUAACAGUCACUUUCACUUUUGAUCGAUUCGUCGCCAUUUGUUCCCAGAAGCUGAAAAUAAAAUACUGCACGCAACGGAUGGCAGCGUGGGCCAUAGGAAUCGUGUGCGCUCUUUCCCGUCUGAAAAAUAUCCCCACGUAUUUUGUUUAUGAACCUAUCUACAUAAUUGAUCAAAUACCCUGGUUCUGUGGUGUAAAAAGUACUUUUUAUACGUCACCUGCAUGGGGUGCAUACGAGUGUAUCCGUGCCAUUUUAACACCUCUUCUCCCUUUCACGCUGAUUUUACUGCUCAAUGCUCUGACAGUCAGACACAUUAUUUUGGCCAAUGCAGCACGCAGGAGACUCUGUUACCAGAAAAAUGCAGAGAAUCGAAGUGAUACGGAGAUAGAAAACCGUAGCAAAUCGAUUAUUUUACUUUUUGCUAUCUCAGGGAGUUUCCUCCUUUUCUAUGCAUUAUUUUGCGCAUCGAUUCUUUAUGUUCGACUUGCAAAUCUUACAUUUUCAGCCAGCUCGGAUUUUAGUAAUACCACAUUUGUUCUUCAGCAAACCGGAUACAUGCUUCAAUUAUUGAGUUCGUGCAUCAAUCCGUUUAUUUAUGUUGGGACGCAGGUUCAAUUCAGGGAAGAGUAUCAGCAGCAGAAUAUCUACUGCUACCAGUUCAGCGAUGGCUUCAAUUCGUACCUUUCCCAGGCUGAUCCACACGCACACUUACACGGAGGAGCUCCAGGUAUGACUCAAAAAAGCGGAGAGUUUGUCCCCAGUUCCUACUGA